AUGAUAACCGGGAAUAACGAAUGGCAAGUAAUUAAUUGUACUUGCCACUUUAACACAUACGACCCCACGGUAGGAGACGACGAUGAUGAUGAGAAGAAGGAUACAUACGACCACGACAACGAUGUAUACAUAUCUGACGAUGCCGAAAAGCCAUACUACCCACCCUCGGGGCACGACGAUGACGAUGACGAUGACAAGAAGAAGAAGAAGAAGAAUAAGAAGAAGAAGAAGAAGGACAAGGCCCCCUCAGUCGUGGUUAGCGAUGCACCUGGGUUCUGCGACGGGGGUUAUGUGGAGUUUGUAGUGGGCCUCGUGUUUGACCACGAUGAAGCGAUGCUGUAUCUGUACGAUGUUAGCAGCAUAAUGGGUCUCAGCGACGACAGCUUCCACCUGGAGAGUCUGUACGUCAGAGACAACCGUGAGACGGACGUGCUAGUGUUCUUCUGCGCACACGAAGACGUGCUACGCGUGGCGCAGACAGCACAGGCCAUACCGCAGGUGCUGAGUGGCGCUGGACUGCGAACACAGCAGGUGGCCUUUCAGAACAAGGACAUGGACACCAUCACCUGGGAUAAGUGGGACCGUGGCACGUGGACGUUCAUUGCUUUGUCGUGUGAUCUCGUGGAGAGUGGCAAGGGCUACAUGAAGGAUGGGGUGUGCGUGCCGUGUCUGGCUAGUCCUGGGUGCAGCGACGCACAGUGUUCCGUGGAUGGGGUGCCCACGUGCCCCAGCAAGCGGUGUGUGGGUGGGUAUGCAUGGGAUGGGUUCGCCUGCCAGCUGUGUGAUACGUUCUACAACACCAUGACCACCGCCACACCUGCUGCCAACAUCCUGUGCACAGCAGCCGGGUGCAGCAACAGCAGGGGCCUGGGAUGUCCCACGACACUGCGACUUUGCCAGAAGAAGGACAGUUCGGAACCUCUGAGUGCUUCGCAAUGGGGGGCGUAUGCGUGCGCUGUGCAGGGGCCCUCGUUUGGAUGUGUGUAUGGGUUUGGACCAUACACUCGCACAGCCACAGCCACCACCACCUCCGCGUUCUUCGGAGCGCUGGAAACCACAGAGUCAUCGGUCACUGUGUGCGCACCCUGUUCUGAGGACACACGCUAUGAGGCGCUAUCGUGCAGUGGCGAUGUCAUGUCAGCGCAAUGCGCGGAGGUGUUGUAUGAAGGCACAGCGCCGUCGUCGUACAUUCAGUGCAUGGCCGGUCAGUGUGCAACCGGACGCUCCAACCAAAUCCAGACCAUCUCGUCCCCCUGCGUGCUGGAUGCGUAGCUGAGACUCACGAGUGUAUGGGGAGACUGUGAUGUGUAUUAUGUGUACCUAUAAGAUAAACUACCCCGAUUUGAUGUCAUUAAAUAUGCAAAUAACACUAUGAAAAGAUAAACAACCCCGAUUUGAUGUCAUUAAAUUUGUAAAUAAC